AUGGUGUCUCCCCCGGAAACCAUGAUGCCUACAGCGGCCCCCAAGCCGAAACUUGGGUUCUCCAUAGAGUCCAUCGUGGGUAAGGACAUCGACGACCACCACCACCACCAUGGACACCACCACCGCGACCACGAGGACCUGUCCUCGAGCACGGCAGACUCCCCGCGGCCGCCCGGCGGUGUGGCCGUGCCUAUGGCCACGUUCCCACCGCUGGCGGCCGCUUACGCGGCCAUGGUCGCCGAGCAGCAUCACCAUCACCAGCAGCAGCAGCAGCAUCAGCUCUCCAGGUCGCCGUACUUGGGGUCCGCAGCGGGCCCGCCGACGAUGCACCAUCCUCCGCACGGGUUGGGACACCUCGUGGGACCCGGUGGACCGUUCAUGGUGUCUAGGGACCCGCAGCCUCUCUACCCGUGGCUUCUGGCGGCCAGACACUCGAGGUUCCUCACGCAUCGCUUCGGGGGUCCGGAGCCGGCGGGCUUCCUGCUGCACCCGUUCCGGAAACCCAAGCGAAUCCGGACGGCCUUCUCCCCAUCGCAGCUGCUCAAGUUGGAACACGCCUUUGAGAAGAACCACUACGUGGUCGGCGCCGAGAGGAAGCAGCUCGCACAGUCACUCAGCCUCACCGAAACGCAGGUCAAGGUAUGGUUCCAGAACAGGCGAACCAAGCACAAGCGGCAGAAGCAAGAAGAAGAGCACACGUCGUCCCACGGGUCUUCCGAUUGCAAGUCUUCGUCCCCGCGACCUCCGGCGGCCAUGUCCCCAGACAUCCAGAUGGACGACUCCAGUUCAGACUCCACCCAUCCGGACCCCCUGUCGUGACGUCAGAGCCACGUGACCCUUGCUCAGUCGCCAGAGGACGUGGUCUUCGCUUCUCACCAGGGAUACUUCAUCCGUUGACAGACUGUCAUCCGGAACGGCAGAGCUUCGUACUUCGACGACUCCGUGGUCCACGACCACCACAGGUCGUUGUGGAACGCGUUGCGGUUGCUCAUCCGUCGUGGACGUCAUGAACGUGUGUGGUCAACGCCAGAUCGCAGAGGGUGCUCUUGAACGACGUCAUCGCUUGAGGAAGACACCUUUGCCGAGAACAGGCACGCCACUCUGCCAACUCAGUGCCAAGACUGUCCACACUGGUGCUUUCGUUUCGCGGAGAUUAGACCACCGCUUCGAGGACAGGAAUCGACAGACGUUUUUGUAUGUCCUCCAAGUGCUGUCCGGUGCGCGUGCAAAACCCAAGUCAACGCGACCGUGACUUUUCAGUGACAGUGCAAACUUCCAAAGGCAUCAGCGACUACCAAAACAGCUCUAUGGACACGGGAAGUGCAUAUUGCGAUGUUUGCUGUGCGAUCAUCGAAUUGAGGAAUUGUUUCGUUUUGCACUCAAGUGCUCAUCGUUCACGC